CGUAUAUAGACAAGUUACUAAUAGAAAUCGAAAAAGACAACAUGUGAGAAGACCAAGAUCUAGAAGAAAUAGUUCAAGAGUUGUUGUUCCAAGACCAAAAGGUCCACAUUAUGCUAAAACACCUGUAAUAGCCUUACCUGAUACAACAAUUAAUAAGUUAGUAACUUGGGAAAGGGGGAGGUAUAAAGAUAUAUUAAAUCGUAAUGGUCAAGUUACAAAUAGAUAUAAAGGGAGUAUUUACAUUGAAAAAAUUAGAAGUAAUAGUCAAGUUCAUUAUUCACCAGUUCAUAAAUUACCAGAA